CUACCAGCGGACCAAAAGCAGAGGAUCCGGGAUGCCCGGAAAACAUUGAUUGGAUACAGCGAUGCAACAGCACUGCACGUGUACCUGCAGACGGUAUACGGGUGGCAGACGAUUCACAGCACAAUGUUGGAAAUGAUUGCCAAUGGCACGGUGGACAGGCGAUCGGUGGACGCACUGGUAGCCGUGGUGACCGGCCGAUCGAACCGGGUCUCAGCCGACGGCCUCUGGGACGCGGUGUCACUGCGAUCCAAGAUGGCGGGUGGAAACUUGACGCUAAUCGAGAACUCGCUGGGCACGCCGUGUAGCUUCCGGGGUGACGGKAAAAUCGUGUUCCUGGAAGAUGUGCGCGUCCAACCGUACUCGUUGGAACGAAGCUUCGAUCACAUGAAGCUGGCCGGAGUGUUCGACGGUACUACGGCCGUGGUGUUUGGUUCGUUCAGWGUGAAUGAGCAGCACACGGAUAAUUGUAACGAUGUACCGUCGUCGGACGACCACYUGAUGGCCCUGGUGUUCCAGCGGUUCGCGGCUGCUGUACAGUUCCCAGUGUUCCGAAUCGAUGGCAUAGGUCACAGUCACAUCAACGAUCCACUGCCGCUCAACACCGAAGCCACAUUGGUGGGACCGACGUGCAGGUUCGACGACGACACCGGAACAUGGUCUUACACGCUGACCGUCGACAACGUCUACAAAACGGAAUUGCGGAACUGUGAUCGAUCGUCUACAACCACUUGACCAGC